AGUGUACAUACAGUCCUAAAAAAUAUUUUGUUAUUCUUCUAUAAAUACUGCGACUUGCAUUCAACUAACCUUAGUUAAUUUUGAGGUUUGUAUAAGUGCAUGUCCACUUAAAACCGUACUGGGUAACAGCACCGGGUUUUAUCAUCAUGACGUUCUGCAAACCUACGAUAUUUCAAGGUACAAUUCGUACUCUGCUCUUUGUGGCAUUUCUUUCACUGGCUUGCCCAACAAAUGGAGAACAAUGGCAAGAAGACGCGUUGAAGAAAGAAGGGGUUAUUCCUGAAAUUAUUGACUCAGUGAAGGCCUAUCCCUUAAAUAUAACAUACGGCGACGGGGUGGAGGUCAAAUACGGAAAUUUAAUCAAGCCAACAUUGGCAGGGUCUGCUCCUACAAAAGUAAACUGGGAUGCUGAUCCUAACAAACUCUACGUUUUGGUCAUGACUGACCCUGACGCCCCGGCCCGAGGUGCUAAGCUGCUUGGAGAGGUCAACCAUUGGAUGAUCGUGAACAUCCCGGGAAGCGACCUUGACUUGUCGAAGGGAGACACGUUGGCAGACUACGGUCCCCCGGGCCCCCCUCGUGGUACUGGGCCUCAUCGCUAUGUGUUUGUAGUUUACGAGCAGCAAGGAAAAUUUGUCCCUUCACCAAAGUACUCUGAAAGGCUGACAGUUACCGCUCUGGCUAAAAGAAUAAAAUUCUCUGUCAAAGAAUUUGCAAAGGAAUUCAACUUGGGUGAACCUGUGGCCGCAAACUUUUUUCUUUCAGAGUACACUCCCCCAAGGUGCGAAUUAGUUUAUUGAACAGCAACUUUUGCUUUUCUAUGUAAUGUCUCUUUCAUUUUAUGACAAACUAUUUUACAUGCAUUACUUGUAGGCAAUGAUUAUUGGGAUUAAAUGUAACAUUCUAUCUCUUACACUCAGGGCUUUCUAAUUAUCCACUUUUCUAAUUAAUUAGCAAUUAGUAAUUAGUUUCGAAAAUUUUGAUCUAAUUAAUUGUUUAAUUAGUAAUUACUUCUGAACAAGCAAACUAAUUAAUUUUUAAUUAGCUAAUUAAUUCCUUCUAAUUACUGAAUAAUUAAGUUUGCCAUAUUCAUAACUUUUUAUGAAUUAAUUUCACAGCAUUUCAGCAUGGCUAAUGCCUAGACUAAGUCGUCUUUCAGCGAAUGUAAAAUGUUGAAUUAUUUUGAAAUUUAAAACAAAUUACGCACUAGCUUGAGAUGGCUGUGAAAAUUAGAGCUGACCUUAGUUGUGCCGGUAAUCGCUUUAUUUGGACAAAAUUUAUAAGCAGUCGUUACUUUGUUGCCGUAAACUUUUUUAAAAGUAUACCAUCCAUUCACAUUUUCUAACAAGUUUUUAAGGUUCUGUGCAAGGGAGUCCAUUAUACUCAAAGAUAUAUCAAAAAUAUAUUGCUAUCUCGUUGUUUUAAUACAAAGGAGUUGCAAGUUGCAACUACAAGAGUAAAAAAAAGGUUUGUAGUUGAUAAAAUACGCAAGGUAUAUUUGCUUCCGCCAAGAAAAAUUUUUAAGGCGUAAACGAGAAACGUGCAUUAAAAAAUUGUGUUUGAAAAAAAUUAA